GAGCGAGCUUCUUUUUGAUGACGUUUUGACACCAGCUUUCCUGAGGUCGUCAUGUAAAUAAUCUAGCUGAAGUACACCGCAUCGUUACACUGUAUGAAUUUUGUAAUAUAUAUUUAUCUAAAUGUUGCUCUUAUUUCCUAGAUCGCGACAGUCCCCCGUCGACGUCCUAGCUGUCGGGUUGCCAGUUUGCCUCACGGUAGCCUGAUUGCUCUUAGCAUAUUAGCAUUAGCUUGCUGUUUAGGUAAGCAGAGGUGACCACAGCGGCGUUUGGGUUUAAUUUUGGAGACCUUGCGCCAAAUUGGAAUAAUGGUGGUGGUGACGUGACACGUCACCCGCAAUCUUCUCGGCUAAAACCAAAACAGAGACUCCAGUUGCUGUGAUGCUCCCCUUGUUGUCUAGGAUGAAGCCAUGAGCUCAGUCCUGUGGAGCCAGGAGAAGCCCAGCGGGGGCUUCAGGGAGGACUGGCGUUUCUACAUGGUGGUGAAGGAGUGCACGGUGGAGAAGCCCCCCCAGAAGACCCUGUGGAUCCCACGCGGCAGCCUCGGCCAGGCGUGCCAGGAGCGCAACAACCUGGGCCGCCCGCUGCCAACGUGCAAGGGCAAGAGGAGCCUGCGCAUUCUGGACCAGACCAACGUGGUGCUGAGCCUGGAGGAGCGCGACGUCCUGGAGAUCGACGAGAAGCUGGCCGAGCUGCUCUUCCCCAUUACCAACUGUGAGGAACGUUACGCCCUGCUCUGGAAUAAGUCCCGGCUGGAGCGCGUACGUGACAUCGACUGCGGCUCCAAAGUGCGUGUCCAGUUGCGUUCCGGGGAUGAGCCUCUGCCCGGCGUGGUGCGCUUCAAGGGCUCGUUGCUGCCCGACAGAGCCCUCUCGGGAAUCCUCUUUGGAGUGGAGUUAUUGGAGGAGGGCCGAGGCCAGGGAUUCACGGAGGGUUCCUUCCAGGGCCGCCAGCUUUUCCGCUGCGAGGACGAAUGCGGCGUGUUUGUGGCCCUGGACAAGCUGGAGCUAUGGGAGGACGACGACGACGACGACCUGGGCGAUCUGGAUUUAGAUCAUGUCACCCUGGUGGAGGAGGACCAGGACUACCCACCGCUAGAGAUCAACUCCAGAGUCCUGGUACAGACCCGUGAGGGACCUGAGAGAGGCACCAUCAUUUUUUGUGACUUGCUGCCGGGUAACGAGAGCCUGGGCUACUACGUGGGUGUUGACAUGGACAAUCCGAUCGGCGAGUGGGACGGAAUGUUUGACGGGAAGCUGCUGUGUAACUUUGCCAGUUUGGAGCACACGCGACUUGUCCCCAUCUGUGACGUAAUGCCAGAAUAUUCCGUGCAGGACCAAAGGCUGCAAAAGCACACUUUUGCUUCCAGAGGCAACAACAACGACAAGUCGUCUUCUGGCCAAAGUAAACCAAAGAGCAAAGGAUUAGCUCAUCAGUGCAGCAGUAGGAGCAAGUCAGAGUUUUACUAUACUUUAAAUGGCAGCUCUGUUGACCCCCCAGUGCAGUCCAAAUCCAAAAGCACAUGGUACAUUGACGAAGUUGGGGAGGACCCAGCAAAGUCGCUCACCGAAACUCCCCCCGACUUCAACCAGUCCCCCCCACCCAUUAGGGCGCCGCCGCCCGCCUCGUUGGCUAGCGACAACAAAUUCCACUCCCUCCCCUUCAGCCUGAACCGCAAGAGCGGGCCCGUCGACAACAUGAGCCACGGACCGCUCUCCCUGUCUGUCCAGUCGGUAAUGGGGGAGCACGCCGAGGCACCUUCGCCCACCGCUCCCUCGUCGCCGCGGCCUGCCACCCCUACCAGAGGGCAGCCGGGUCUUGAGGUGGGCUCCCUGGUGGAGGUGAAAGAGAAUCCCCCUCUGUGUGGUGUCAUUCGCUGGGUGGGUCUGCCACCAGGCUUGUUGGAGCCACUGGCUGGGCUGGAACUGGAAGAGGAGUGCCCGGGUUGCACCGAUGGCACCUUCAAAGGUACGCGCUACUUCAACUGCCCGCCUAAGAAGGCCCUCUUCGUGAAGCUCAAGUGCUGCCGGCCCGACUCCCGCUUCCCGUCGCUGCACCACUCCUCCAACCCCAUCGAGCGCUGCAACUCGAUCGCUUUCGGGGGCUAUUUAAGCGAGGUGGUACACGAGAACACGCCGCCCCGCAGCGAGACGGAUGGUCUCGACAUCAUGGUCGGCAAGAAGAAAGGCAUCCAGGGCCACUACAACUCGUGCUACUUGGAUUCAACCCUCUUCUGUCUCUUUUCCUUCAGCUCCGUACUGGACACAGUUCUGCUGAGGCCGCGCUCAAAGACGGACGUGGAGUAUUACAGAGAGACCCAAGAACUGUUGCGCACUGAGAUAGUCAACCCCCUGCGCAUACACGGGUAUGUGUGUGCCACCAAAGUGAUGAAACUCAGGAGGAUCCUGGAGAAAGUAGAAGCUGCGUCUGGCUUCACCUCUGAAGAAAAAGAUCCAGAGGAGUUCCUCAAUAUACUAUUCCAUCACAUAUUGCGGGUGGACCCUUUGCUCAAACUAAGGUCGGCGGGACAGAAGGUGCAAGACUGUUACUUUUACCAGAUCUUCAUGGACAAAAAAGACAAGGUUGGUGUCCCAACCAUCCAGCAGCUACUGGAGUGGUCGUUCAUCAACAGCGACCUCAAGUUUGCCGAGGCUCCCUCCUGCCUUAUCAUCCAGAUGCCGCGCUUUGGCAAGGACUUCAAAAUGUUCAACAAGAUUUUCCCCUCGCUGGAGUUAGACAUCACAGAUCUUCUGGAAGACACUCCCAGGGAAUGUCGCAUCUGCGGAGGCCUGGCCCUCUUUGAGUGCCGAGACUGCUAUGACGACGGCGACAUCACGGCGGGCAAGAUUAAGCAAUUCUGUGAAAAGUGCAAUACGCAGGUUCAUCUUCACCCGAGAAGAAAAAGUCACCGGCACGGCAAGCUGUGCGUCCCCAAGGAGCUGCAAGAAGGCGGCGGGCGCCAGGGCGCGUUCCCACGCCAGACGAUGGAGCUGUUUGCCGUGCUGUGCAUUGAGACCAGUCACUACGUGGCCUUCGUCAAGUAUGGCAGUGACGCCUCCGCCUGGCUCUUUUUCGACAGCAUGGCUGACCGAGACGGAGGCCAGAAUGGCUUCAACAUUCCGCAGGUGUCGCCGUGCCCCGAGGUGGAGGCCUACCUGAAGAUGACGCCCGAGGAGCUGCACACGCUCGACCCCAAGAGCAUCCAAGGCCAGGCCCGACGGCUGCUGUGCGACGCCUACAUGUGCAUGUACCAGAGCCCCACCAUGAGCCUGUACAAGUAGCCCCUGACGCGCCGACACCCUCCAUCCUCUUCGUCGUCAUCCUCUAGCCCCGCGGCCACUACGCGGCGCCCCUCCCUACCUCAUCGCUGUGGACUUCCCAGAAAGACCCACAAUGAGAAAAAAAAAAGAACUAAACCGAAAGAAGGCUUGCCUAGUUUGGAGUUAACCCUCUCCACUCUUGUCAGGUUCUGCAGGGGGAGGGUUGGGGGGAGGGGUGAUGCGGGCUUUAUUUGCACUGUGCUUUCGGUGAAGUAUUGUGUUCUUCAUGUCGUCCUACGUAGCUUCUCCUUAUCUCUCAGCCGAGCCUUUGCAAAGCUCAAGAAGGAUCUAAAAGACGGAGGGAGCCGAGAGGUGAGGGAGUGGGGGGGGCAAGUUGGAGGACCCUUAAGAAGAGGAGUCCCGCUCGUCUUAAUAAGCGGGAAGGACGGGAGCGCUUCCUAACACCUCGUUAGAGAAGCGGGGGACACGGUCCCCACUACACGACUCGCUCUCUCGUGACCCGGUUCGGUCUUACCCUCGGUCACAGAUCGUGUGUUGCAGAAAACAAUGUAGCUGUUAUAACCCUUUGACUGCACAUUUACACAGUCCCCCCCCCCACCCCACCCCCCCCAAGUUCCACUCCCUCCACCCUGGGAAAAACUGCACUUUGGUGCCGAGUCCUCUUAAGGUGGAAGUAAUGGGGGAGAGCUAAUUUAUUGGUCAAGGGAUGCGGUUUUAUUUUUAUUUUUUUUUGGUGUGUUCCCGCUACUGGCGGAACGUCCGCUUCUAACAUGUACAGUGUUUGCCCUGCACAUCUUUUAUGUUUACGAAGCCUUUUUGAGAGUCCGGGCCCACGACUCACCGCCUUUCUCUAAGAUGUGACAUGCAGCAGAUUAAUACAAAAAAAAAAAAGAAAACGAGAUGUGAUCAAAUAUUGAUAUUAUUUAUUUGAAACUAAUCAUGUUUGUCCCUUUUUAAGGAAAUAAAAACAGGGUUGAUGAUGA